AUGUGCCUUCCCAGAGACAACCCCGUCAAGGGCGAGCUCGUACAAACCCCAGCCGCAAAGGCUCGACGUUCCUCCGGCAUAAGGCGCCGCGCCAAGCCUACCAAAGUAAAGAGAAUAUCAAUUCCGAUUCUUUCUCAGCCCAUGAGUGUCUUGACCAAGAACAUGUCCCACAUUUCCGUCAGAAACAUGAGAGCCUGGGUGACCCGCGAUGUUGAAACGCGGCACAAGGAGAUCGCUCAGAAGAACGGCAAGAUCCCCAGACCUAUGAACUCAUUUUUGCUCUACCGAUCUGCGUACACCGAGCGCAUUAAAGCAUGGUGCGCAGACACCAACCACCAAGUUGUGUCAAAGGUAUCCGGGCAAAGCUGGCCUAAGGAGCCGGCGCAUAUACGCGAGCAUUAUGAGUCACUAGCCCUAAUAGAACGGGAUAACCAUCAUAAAGCUUAUCCUAAUUACAAGUUUAUGCCGAAAAAAAAGUAUAAGCCUCCUAGGGAUAAGCGCAAAGAAGGGCAGGAAUUCAACCAUCCCGAUAACCCCUGUCCAUCCCCUGCCACUUCGGAAAGGACCAAAUCAUCGGGAUCGAACUGUUCCUUUAAUAGCCAGGCGUCAACCCCAGCAGACAAUCACGGCUAUUUAUUGGGUACAUACGAUCCUUCUUCUUUGCAGUUGCCAGAGAGUCGAUCUACAGUUGCUCCCCGCGUCUCAUCGUCGACUGAAGCUGGAUACCCGAUAGGAUGCAAUCGGUUCUCUCCCAGUGGAGGUCAAGAACUAAUCAAUGCUCAGUACAAUACGGGUAGUCUGGCUGGAACCCCACACGGCGUGUAUCACCAACUGGAGCCGUCCUACCCAACUGGUCACGCGGUUAGUCAUUUAGAAGGACCGCAGCCCUGUCCGCAUUUUCUCAACUCAGAGGUUCCUGGGGACUAUUUAUAUUACUUGAGUCAGCUCAGCGUCCGGCAGAUGAACCAGAGCAUGAACCCAAACUUUAUUCAGACCGUUGCUGAUACGGAUUACGAGACCAUGGGCAUGUAG